GGCCCGCUGCUGCGCGCGACCGACACGGGCUCCCGCUGCCCCGUGCUGGCAGCCGGAAGUGACACCACUCCCGCACCUUCCCAGCGGGGCGGGACGCGGUGACACGUUGUGGCGGCACCGGAAGUAGCAGCGGCAGCAGCAGCAGCAGCAGCGGCGGCGGAGUCAUGGGGAAGCAGAAGAAGGCGCGGAAGUACGCGGUCAUGAAGCGCAUGAUCAGCCUCCGGGACGAGCGCAUUAAGGAGAAGGACCGGGCCAAGGCCCCCGUGAAGAAGAAGGAAGACCCGAGUGCCAUCAAGGAGCGGGAGGUCCCCCAGCAUCCCUCUUGCUUGUUCUUCCAGUAUAAUACACAGCUGGGCCCCCCAUAUCACAUCCUGGUUGACACUAACUUCAUCAACUUCUCCAUCAAGGCCAAGCUGGACCUAGUGCAGUCAAUGAUGGACUGUCUCUACGCCAAGUGUAUUCCAUGUAUCACAGAUUGUGUAAUGGGUGAAAUUGAGAAGUUAGGACAGAAGUACCGCGUGGCUUUAAGAAUUGCCAAGGACCCUCGAUUUGAACGCUUGCCAUGUAUGCACAAAGGAACCUAUGCAGAUGAUUGCUUGGUGCAAAGGGUCACUCAGCACAAAUGUUACAUUGUGGCCACAGUAGAUAAAGAGCUCAAGCGGAGAAUACGAAAAAUCCCAGGGGUGCCUAUAAUGUAUAUUUCCCGGCACAGAUACAAUAUUGAGAGGAUGCCAGAUGAUUACGGAGCUCCUCGAUUCUAACCAUUGAAGCUGGGACUAAGAGCCAGGAUAAAGGUCCUCCUGGAUCCAAACCUCUUGCUUUCUUUUUUGCUGGGACUCUGCUCACCGGACUGUCGGUGACGUUGGACUGACUUCACAGCCUCACUCUUCUAAGAAGAUGCUACUUGGAAGAGUCUGGUUUUAUUCAUCCUUGUUUUGACAUGGCCUGGUUACCUGUAGCUGGGAGAAGCAUAUGGGAAGGAGAGGACAGCAGUGUCCAGAACAUGCCUAAGUCCUUCUUCAUUAGGAUCAUUGGAUUGGGAUCAUUGGAAAAAGUGAUUUCAGCAUUCUGAAUUAAAUAUUAGUGAUGCAACUCUGGCUGAGACUGAAACCACAGAAAUUUUAGAAGUUUCUUAUUGCUGCACCUGUAGCAGGACAAGUAUUCCUCUGGGAAAUUCCAUCACACCUGUCCAACCAGAAAAUAAGAUCUAUGUUCUGGACAAAAGCUGUCAAAUAUCCACCAGUUAAUGUGCCUUCUCUGGACCAGUGGAAAUCUUCUCUGGAAUAUUUUAAUUCAGAAUUGAUGAGGUUUUAUUCAACUGCCCAGUGAAUGAAGUUGGUCAAGUGUUCUGCUCAGAUUCUUGUGUCUGUACUGAGUCCUUUUGCAUAUAUGCCGAGUGACAGUGGGAGGGCAUGGCUGGCUCAGGACAGAACUCUCCUUGUUUGCCUGGCACCUCAAAACCUUAUCCCUUUUGUUAGGUGUCAGAGAAGAAGGGGAAGGUAUCAAACUUUGACAGGAAGGUGUUGAUCUGACAGGUAUUAAUGUGGGCUGGGAGCAGAGCAGUGGGGGAAAACGGAGCAAUGGCUGUGGAUCAAGAGGGACUCAUGGAGACCUGCAGCAUCUGCUGACGGAAGGAAGAGGUCAGAGGAGGGAGGGAAAAGAGGUGGUUAAGCCACAUGGAGAAUUGCAGUGGAAAAAAUAUUUUAAACCUCUAACUCUGCAUUCUCAUGUCUUCUCUGUUACUCUUUAAUUUUUAGCAAUAUAAUUUGCUAUUCUGAUCUCUGCUCUGCAGUGAGGAGAAUUGUCUUAAGACUGAGAGGUGGGAGACAAUAUGGGGGUCACGCGGGGCCAAUGUGCCAUAGUGGGCUUCCUGGCCAAAAUGCUGGAGUGGGGGUAUAGUAAAGGGGCAGACUGCAAAUUUAUAUUCUGGCUAUAAAUAAGAAAAUUUCUAAACUUUAAUAGAGAUUUUAUCCUGUGGUGCCUUACACUUGUGCAGGCUGCAGAGAAUAGCUGAACCCAGAUGUCUGAAUGCUGGGCAGCACACAGUGAUGAUAAUACCUCUUUUCUUCUAAUCAUUUCCUGUCCUUGGGAAAUGCCCUGACAUGCUAAUAACUCCCUUGCUAGCAGCCUACUUCUACAGAUGUUGUAGGAAACUUUGGGAACGCAUCAGCCUUACCCCUCAUACUAUCUUUGUUUGCUGCAUGUGUACCUACUAAACUAAUCCCAGAAAUAACAACGUACUGACACUUUCAAAACAUGGCCCCUUCCACGAUAGCACAAUUGAAGUUUAUCUUCUCCACCUCCAGCCAAGAAGAGGGUGGCCAACAACCCUGAGAUUUUAUACUCUCUGUAUAACUGUACAUUUCAAAAAUACUAUCUGUAGUUUUCUUCUCUCAGUCCAAGUCACAUUUCUUUAAGUUAAAUGUUUAAGUAGUCAUGAACACUUGAAGACCAUGUUUAGUCAAAUAAAGACUGAGAAACAGUUGUAGGAUUA